GAGCUCCCAACUGGGAAAAAUCGAUUUGAACGGUCAUCCAACUCGGGCCUCUUUCUCCGAUUUGCCGAUCACUGACGUCAUGAUUUGACCUCGUAUUUUUCCGAGUUCCCAGUUGUUUUGAACGCGGCAUUUUAUCAGAGUGAAAGUUGAUAGUCAACACACUGCAACUGCAGAACUACAAGGAAAUAGAUCGAUUGUUGCGAAAUAUUUUGCCAUAGAAUAACAUAUACAAGGAUAGAAAAAGCCUCAACGAUAAUAAAAUGAGCCGUCUGCAAGAUGAAUUUGAGGUAGGCUACGGUAAACUUAGUUUUCAUUUGGCCAAUAACAGUUUUAUAUGGUCAAUUUGCAUGCGCCUUUCAUGUUUGUAUUGUAGGUCUACGGAUCCAAUGUCCAAUUUGUGUUUGGUCGAUGUGAAACUUUUAACGUUAGAUAAGAAUUAUGGUUUUUAUCACAUUUCUCAUAAGUAUAGCCUAAAUCUAAAUAACGUCAUCAAACACUAGAGUUAUUACACUUUAUGAGUAGGUUAGAGAGGACCGGGCAAGAGCAGUGUGUGUUUGAUGUGCGUUGUGUUGUUUUUGAAUAAACCAUGCCCGUAGGCAGCAUUUGCAUUUGUUGCAAUGUUCUGUCGAUCUUCCCGUUGAAUGUGCCUGAUCUUCUAUUUUAUUUGAGACCAGCCUGUUUAUUUUAGAUCCUUAUUGUCAUUUUCUUAUUUGUCUGUUAAUUUAGCUGGAGAAAAGUGUCAGGCGGUUCAGGGAGACAUUCCAUGGAAAGAUAGCAGUGGAAAAGGCAACCUUACUGAUGAGACGCUAUGCCAACAACCAUCACAUGGUCACCUGGGCAGUUAUACUGAAGAAAGGAAAGGGUAAAGAAAUGGUUUACAGUAAAUGCAAACCCCAGUCAUACCACUAUAGGAAACCCCAUGGAGUGGUUUCCAAGACACAGGGUCCUGUACUAAAAAGCUUGUUCAAUGGGGAUUCUCCAUUAAAUUUGCUUCUUAGUCCAGGAACAGAACUAGGAUUCAUCUGUCCUGGAAACAAUCCCUUAAAGGGGUAAUCUGCAGUUGCUACAUCCAUUUGUUGCACUUAUGCAUUUAUGAAAUGUACCCAUUGAUUCUUGAAGAAUAUAAUUUAUGAGCUUAGUUCAACUGUCGUACCCCAUCAGAACUCAAAAUAUAAGCUUGUUUUACUCCAUUGUUUGUAAACAAAGUAAAUGUAAACAAACACUAUAUAGCCUCAAAACAUGGUUAAAACUAUCAUUUUUAUAGAAUGGAUGGUCAGUCCUUGCAUCCAUAGCUCUGUGUAUGAAUUUAAAAGUGGCUACAUUUCUCCAGCCCCAUCCCUCGUUUUUUUUACAGAAACGGGCGGGGAAGAUGCUUUGUUAUUGUUUCAACUGCUGAUUGGCUCUUUAACCUCUAUUCAAACAUGGUCUCUGGUGGUUUAACAACCAUACCUAUUUUAUUUGCGUUAAAGGGUUGGCCAUGUUGACAAUCUAAUCUCUGAUUCUUCCUCUUUCUCUACUCUUGCCAUGUAGAGCUGGAUGAUGAGGACAGAACAUGCUUACAGACGGAUCAGGCUGUCAAGGUUACAUUAAUAAAUUCCAUACUAUUCUCUGUCGCUUUGUGUGUGUUUAUUUGGCGUAGGGGUGUAUCCAGGCGGUCUCUAUUUCUUUGAACAUGUGUUUUUUUGUGGUCAUAAACAUGAUAGUUCAGUUUUACCCUGACCCUUGACCCACCUCUCUCUCUCUCUCUCUCAGAACGUGGUGCAGAGACUCACAGCUGAGGAGAGGGAACCUCAGGUCCCUCCUGCACAACAGGUACAACACAGUCACAGUGUUAGUUAGUCCCUCUUUCAUUAGGUUAAAGAGUCAAUGUUCAUCAGAAGACACCUGGAUUUCAGGCAUUUCAGUAUAAUGCAAAAGUCUCUGUUGAUUUUGAAGUUCCAUAUUCCAUAACCAUAUUGGUAAUGGGUAAUAACUCAUUGGGAAUAGAUUUGUGAGCUAUUAUAACAACACUGUUCAAGGGCUGAAAGAGGGAAUAAAACUCCUAUCAUAUUAUCCUGGUCCUAUAUCCAAUCUGAUAAUCAGGUUGGUAAAUUGGUUGCCUUGACUAUUUCUAAUUCUAUGAUGUACAUUUGUCAUCCCUACAGCCCCGAGGUAGCAGACACCCUGAAGACGAUAAUGAUAUUAAGGUCAGUCAUCCACAGGCUAUUUACCGACUUAACAUUCAUCCCUUUCCCCACCAGUGAAGUGGAUGGCGAACUGAACAGUGUGUGUGUGUGUGUGUGUGUGUGUGCGCAUGCGUGCAUCCCUGCGCGUGCGUGUUGUGUCUUCAGGAGCUGGGAGAGCGUCUGCGGGUCCUGCCUCUCACUGAGAAGAACAAGCGAAUGUUUGAUAAUGCCCAGCGCCACCUCACCCCCUCUGUCCUGCACCAGUUUGCCUGCCAGACCUGUGACAAGGACUGGUGGCGUCGGGUACCCCAGAGGAAGAGGGUAAUACUCUUCCAUACAUACCCACCUGGUAUCCACCGUUUUCUUCACACAUUUGUACACACUGUUUGAUAUGCAUGCCAAAUCCAUUCAUAAUAGUUCAAACGUAUUUCUCCAUGCCUGUGUCUGUAACUGUGUUCCUGUUACCUUGUUACUUUGUCUUAUCGUGUGUAUUUCACAUGGCCAGUUCAUCUACUAACUAGGGUCUCCACUGGCUGUCAUCUCUCCUAGGUAUCUCGCUGUCACCUGUGCAAGAAGAAAUAUGACCCUGUCCCUUAUGACAAAAUGUGGGGUAUUGGAGAGUUCUGCUGCACCAAAUGCACACGCUCCUUCAGGUAAAAGCUGGAGCUGUCCUGUACAUGUGUGAUUAUGAGAACUAAUGAGACAUUCUCAAUGUGAUUUCAUCUCUAUGCACUUGUUAUUCAAUUGGUUUGAUUUGUCCAUCAGGGGCUUUGGGAGGAUGGAUUUGGGCUCCCCCUGCUACUCCUGCCGAACUCUGGUGACCCCAACAGAGAUUCUUCCUCCACGCAAGGGAGUGGUAGGAAUAGUAGGACCCAGGAAACCUAUCCCACACAGCUGCCUCGCUGAGGACUGUUACAACAGACAAGGUUAAACUACACACACACACACACAUACACACACACACACACACACACACAGGAUUGCUGUACUGUAGUUUGUAGUGUGUGUUACUACAAACAAGUACCACCAGAUGGUGUCCUUUUACAUGUCUGUCUGGCUGCUUGCUCCAGCCAACUAACUGGACUUGUGCUUCCAUUCCAGAGCCCCAUGUUCCUGGGACAGAGUGUGUCCACCCCCGCAGUCGCCAGAGGAACAGGAAGCCUCGCGUGGUGAACCCCAGCUCCAUCCACAUCAGCUCCGGCUCCACCGUCAACACCUGCCUGAGCCAAGGAAGCCUGGAGAACCUGUACGACCUCAUCAUGGAUGACAUCAGAGAGGAGAGUGAGGAAGACAACAGUAGUGGCAGCAGCAGCAGCUAGAGCACCACUGAUGUGACCAGUGACCAACACAGUCAUGAGCAGCUUCCCUGCUUCCCCAAUGGUGCUUCCAACGAUCAGGAUUUUCUUAGGUUCACUUUCAGUGUAAGGAUGGCAUCUCAUAAGCCUACUGAUAUAGUAUUGGUUUUACUUUCCUUUCAUUUUAAAAACCAUGAAAAGACUGCUCAAUAUUCACAACAGUCAGAUGGUAUAAGUGAGAUGAUAUAACUUGUUUCAUGUUUUGCUUUUGGCUUUGUUUAUGCUUACUGAAGUGUUGUUGCCGCUGUUGCUGCUUUGUUAAUGUCUGAAUGACAAGGGGAGAUUGACCGCACUGGCAACGUCCCAAAACUCUGCCUUUACUUUUGGUUACCUAUUCAGGAGUUAGCUUUCUAGCAGGGGUGGGUAGAGUAGCCAAAAAUUGUACUCAAGUAAAAGUACUGUUACUUCAGAAUAAUAUGACUCAAGUAAAAGUAAAAAGUAGUCAUCCAAAUAAUUACUUGAGUAAGAGUAAAAAAGUACUUGGUGAAAAAACUACUCAAGUACUGAGUAAACUGUUGAGUAACGUCUGAUUUAUUUUUUAACACAAGACAACAAUCAGACAGACAAAAAUACAAAAUAAUCAUCUUUAGGCAAAUUAUAGUUCAUCCAAUCAAUAAAAUAAAUUAAAAUGAAUUACAAAAGUUUAAAUUAAAACAAUUCAGGUAAAUUCAAGUACUUCAAAUAAAUAAGCACAAGUAACACACAUUUCCAAACCUUUAUACUUUUUUUUACCAGGCAGAACUAGAACGAGGCAGCCCAUAAACUCUCAUAAACUGUGUGUGUGUGUGUGUGUCUCCACAGUGUCUCCACAGUGACAGAACAACAGAAGGAAACACACAAACAUUUCAUACCAGACAUGCUGAACAGAAAACUGCACACCAGAAGGAAGCGGUCAUCGUAAAAUAAUCAAUAGGUGUUGAUUAGGCCAACUCAGUACCUUUGUAUUGUAUGGUGUUAGAAAUUGCGUAAUUCAAAUCUGGUAUUGGAAUAAGAGAAAACAUAAUCAAGAGAUAUUCAAUCCAAGCUAAAUUUAUUAUAUGCAAAAUGUAUGUAUGAUAAGUAUGAUGGUUCGUAUACCACUGAAAUACCACGCAGGGCAGACAGAGAACUAAUCCAUUGUUACAGGUUCUUCUUCAAAUACUCUGACAGAGAUAUUUCCCACUCCCUGCUGGCCAAUCAGAGUAGAGACUGAGCGUGGUUUGGACUUACUCAGCCAAUCCGUUGGCGCACGGGCUGGUCCCACCCCUUGGCGCUCCACUUGUUGCACACUGUUGCCAGGCAUACGUUUUUAUCAUAACCACCUGUGGAGUAAGCACCCAAAAGACACCACUGUACUGUGAGUACAUACGUUCAAGGACGGUUCACAGACAACAAAGAGGCAGUGUUCGUAUCUGUAAGAAAUACAAGUCUUAUCUGUCCUUCCCCCUAACGUUCCUUACAUGAAUCACAGCCUGUUAUGUGAAACAAUUUAUAUCAGUAUAGUACAAACCUAUGCUUAUCAUUAAUGCAUUCCUUCUAAGCUAUUCAUCACAUACAGAUUGAGAUGGGGUCAAAUACUUAUUUCCCUCAUUAAAAUGCUAUUCAAUUUUAGUUGUUAUUCUGUAACUCGUUACUACCCACCUCUGCUUUCUAGUAAUGUGUGUGUUCAAACACAUUUGUCAUAUCAGCUUGAACAAGAAUAUAUUAUAAAACACAAAUAAUGCAUUUUGGUUUCCCCCCAAAAAACACAAUAAUGCAUUAUGAAAUCUUACUAUUAUUAAUUUUCAAUACGACUCAGGUUCAAAUCAAAUUGUAUUUGUCAC